ACAUGUUGGACGCACGGGGCAAAGAGUCCGUCUGCCGACAAACGUGGCAGCUGAUCGCGGAGAUCCAGGCGAUUCCGCGGCCACCGGAGCUCGAAGACAUCGUCCGGUGCGGCGUCGACGGCUCCGUUCCCCGCGACACCUUCUUCGAAGAUUUGCAGGACCCUUUUCGUGCCCUGCGGAGCGAUGCCGAGCUGCGAGUCCGCAUCUGUGAGCGCUACCUGCACUUCGGCGGCUAUCAGUACGCAACAGCCGAUGAUCUGUUAGGGAUGCUGCCCCGAUCCAAGCGCACCGUCUUCACCCACGCGGACAUCGCGCCCCGCAACAUCAUGGUCGAUGCGAACAACCGGAUUACGGGGAUACUGGACUGGGAGCACGCGGGCUGGUAUCCGGAAUACUGGGAGUACGCGCAGAUCCUCCGGUCGGCUGCUUGGGGGGACUGGUCCGAAUGGAUGGACCGCACGGCACCGCGGCAAUGGGAUCUCCGGGGGAUAGAGGCUGCCAGGCUGGUACUGGCCUUGGUCUCCUCCGAAGAGGAGCCGGAGCCAGAGUGGUAGUCACGGUGUAUAUCAUGGAUGGGUAGCGGACUGCGGACGGACUGACUUCACUACAACAGCCUACUCUACCCUCUUAGUCGUCCUCAACUCUUCUACUAGCGCUAGUCUUCACAUCUUACACUAGUACACCCAGCAGCACAGUGAACUACCAACCUGAAUGCCUUCCAACCACCCAUAACUAGAGCCGAGCGAAUCCCGUGGGAAUAUGCACGAACAGCUGGGAACGCUCAAGGCGCAAGCGAAAAACCCAUGAACCAGCUUUGAUGUUGCCAGGAGGCUACAGGAAAGUUUUACCGCCACGUUUUACGGAAAGGGGUUGGGCGAUAGAAAUAUUCUCGCAUGCAUGAAGCUCUCGAUCCGGAAGAACGAGGAAUGAUAUAGAAGUACGAUUUUCGA